GAUAUAAAUGCAAUGUUGAAACCGCACCCUUCCAUACCACUAGAAAAUGACGAAGAAGCCAAACACAGUUUCUUGGGUUCCAAUUUACAACAUUGUUUCAUGGAUUUUAUUUAGUUCAAUGCUUAAUUAUUUUUCAAAUAGUUUUUGUGAUAAAAAAUGGAAGAGUGUGUUGAUGGGAUCUAUUUUUUCAUUUCAAAUGUUCAUUGGUGUAUUGUGCUUGGCUGGGAUUUUUUUGCCAAAUAAAUAUGACUUAGAAGAUUUAAUUUCUUGUUUAAUAAUAUUUUUCACAGAAGCAAGUAUAGGGUUAAAAGCAAUAACUUUGAUUUACCACAGCGCAUCACUCAAAAAGCUAAGUGAGAUUAUUAUGAAAGAAACUAGUCGCACCGACUUGAAACCCUGGGAGCUUAAGUUGGCCAAAAACUACAAAAAAUAUUCAGAGUGGAUUCUUAUUAAAGUUUUAAUAUUGUAUGAUUUAACGAUGGUUAGUUUUAUUGGAGCACCUUUGUUUUCUAAAAAGGAAUACAUGAUGCCAAUUUUAAUGGAAUUUCCAGCAACUAAUUCUUCUACAAGUCUUGGUUUUGGUAUAAAUUAUGCUUUUGGAGCCUACAGCGUAUUUUAUGGCACUACAGUUGAAAUGGGUUUCGACAUCCCAGCAUUUUUGCAAGCAUGUUUCAUAUCUUAUCAACUCGAUAAAUGUAUUCAUUUUUGCAAAAUGAUUGGAGACUUUGAUUCACCAUACAAUACUCAUGACAAACAAUCAAAACUCUUAAGGAAAUGUGUAAAGCUUCAUGCUACGAUUUUUAAAUUCAUUAAUGAAGUAUCUACCAUAAAUACUUUUGUUGUGGCUUUAACUGUUAUUACCAUUGUGCCCCUACUAACAGUUCUAUUGUAUUCAAUUCUAAUGGGUACAAUAAGUGGAGCUCCUUUUAUGAUGGCAGCAUGUGCUUAUCACUUGUUCAUGUAUUGUUUUCUUGGAGAAAUUGUGUCCAACAAGUGCAUUGAGGCCAGUAAUGCGAUUUACUCAAGCAAAUGGUAUAAAAUUGAGAAACCAGAAGACAAACGAACAAUUAUGAUCUUUUUAACGAUAUCGCAGUGUAAUAUGGGAUUUUCAGCUGGUGGAUUAUACAAGUUAUCAUUAGCAACUUUUACAGAGUUGACUAGGAGAGUAUACGGAGCAUGUGCGUUUUUACAGAAAGUUCUUUAAAGGACAAUAUAUUCAAAACAUAUUUAGUUUUAAUAAGUUUUAUUGGAUGUUAAAAAACUACAAUUAUUUUGCAUUCCAAACCGCUUAAAUUAUACGAGUACAUCAUAUUUAAUAAAUAUUAUCCAAAGUUAA